AUUUUUCAUUAUUUAUAAAAAAUUUACUAUGCCAGUGGAACAAAUUGAUGAUCCAUCUGUGAAUAUUAAACCAACACGAAAACUUACUGAGUUUAUAAAGAAAAAAGUGAAUGGUCAAAAUAUUCCAGAGAAUAUCAAAUUAUUGAAAAAAUCUAAGAAUGUAGAUCUACUUAAAUUAAAAGAUAUUAAAUGGUUGAAUAAUUAUUUAAUAGAAUAUAGAAAGAAUUCCGACACAAAAAUAUAUUUGCAUGAACUAUUGCAAAAUAUAGAAUUAAAUCUACCAUCACCAAAGAUUACACCAAGAAGUCCUGAAUUAGAAGCAAGAAUACAAAAGCUAACAGCAGAACAAAAUACUAGAGAAUAUCGGGCCAUGACAAAGGAGAUUGAUCCUGGAAGAAAAAGAUUUCCUGAAGACACUAUUGCUUAUCAAAUGAAGGAAAUUAAUAAGCAACUGAUAGCUGUGGCUCAAUUUAUUUUUUCCGUGAUCGCAGCAUUUGCUUUUGGAUUUAUUGGUAUUGAAUUGAUUGUUGGAAAUCUUGAUUUCGGUUUUCGAUUAUUACUGGGUAUCAUAUGCGGUCUUAUAGUAGCUUUAGCUGAAAUAUAUUUCUUGGCAAAAAAAUUGAGCGAGGGUUAUGAUGAAGUAACACCACCACGACCACCAUUGAGCUCUAAAUUACAUCAAGAAUAAUUACUAUCUAAUAUUCUGGAAAUAAUUUAAUUUCUAUAAAAUAUUAUAGAUGUAAAUAUCAUGAAUAAAGCCAACUUCUUUAAUAAUUAA